AUGGAUUUCCAGGUGGAAGGGCUGGUAGCCAUCGUGGUGUUCUACAUUCUCAUCUUGCUGGUUGGCAUCUGGGCCGCCUGGAGGACCAAGAACAGUGGCAGUGCGGAGGAGCGUAGCGAGGCCAUCAUCGUAGGCGGCCGAGACAUCGGGCUGCUGGUGGGUGGAUUCACCAUGACAGCCACCUGGGUUGGAGGAGGCUACAUCAACGGGACAGCCGAGGCCGUGUAUGUUCCAGAUUACGGCUUGGCGUGGGCUCAGGCACCCAUUGGAUAUUCUCUUAGUCUGAUUUUAGGUGGUCUGUUCUUCGCAAAACCCAUGCGUUCCAAGGGCUACGUGACCAUGCUAGACCCCUUCCAGCAGAUCUAUGGGAAGCGCAUGGGUGGGCUGCUGUUCAUCCCUGCGCUGAUGGGAGAGAUGUUCUGGGCAGCAGCCAUCUUCUCAGCCUUAGGAGCCACCAUCAGCGUGAUCAUCAGGGCCAGUGUGCACAUGUCUGUCAUCGUCUCUGCGCUCAUCGCCACCCUGUACACCCUGGUGGGCGGGCUUUACUCUGUGGCCUACACGGAUGUCGUUCAGCUCUUUUGCAUUUUCGUGGGCCUGUGGAUCAGCGUGCCGUUCGCGCUGUCCAAUUCUGCAGUUGCUGACAUUGGCUUCACUGCCCUGCACACCAAGUACCAGAAGCCUUGGCUGGGGACCAUCGAGCCAUUUGAAAUCUACACAUGGCUUGACAGCUUUUUGUUGUUGAUGCUGGGUGGAAUCCCGUGGCAAGCCUACUUCCAGAGGGUCCUGUCUUCAUCCUCCGCCACCUACGCUCAGGUGCUGUCUUUCCUGGCAGCUUUUGGGUGCCUGGUGAUGGCUCUGCCAGCCGUGCUCAUUGGAGCCAUUGGAGCAUCGACAGCCUGGAACCAGACUGCAUACGGGCCUCUUGCUCCCAGGGAGAAACAGGAGGCAGACAUGAUCUUGCCGAUUGUCCUCAAGUAUCUCUGCCCCGUGUACAUUUCUUACUUUGGUCUUGGAGCCGUUUCUGCUGCUGUCAUGUCCUCAGCAGAUUCUUCCAUCUUGUCAGCAAGUUCGAUGUUUGCUCGCAACAUCUACCAGCUUUCAUUCAGACAAAAUGCUUCCGACAAGGAGAUCGUCUGGGUCAUGCGCAUCACGGUAUUCGUGUUUGGAGCUUCUGCAAUGACCAUGGCGUUGCUGACGAAGACAGUGUAUGGGCUCUGGUACCUCAGCUCUGACCUGGUCUACAUCAUCAUCUUCCCGCAGUUGCUCUGCGUGCUCUUCAUCAAGGGUACCAACACGUAUGGGGCCGCGGCAGGUUACGUCUCGGGCCUUUUCCUGCGAGUCACUGGCGGGGAGCCCUACCUGAACCUGCAGCCUUUGAUCUUUUACCCUGGCUAUUACAUUGAUAAAGGUGGCAUAUAUAACCAGAGAUUCCCAUUUAAAACCCUCGCCAUGAUGACCUCAUUUUUAUCUAACAUUUGCAUCUCCUAUCUAGCCAAAUACUUGUUUGAAAGUGGAACCUUACCACCAAAACUGGAUGUAUUUGAUGCUGUUGUUGCAAGGCACAGUGAAGAGAACAUGGACAAGACGAUUCUGGUUAGAAAUGAAAACAUUAAACUAGAUGAACUCGCACCUGUGAAGCCACGGCAGAGCAUAACUCUCAGCUCGACCUUCACCCAUCAGGAGGCCCUCCUGGAAAUGGAUUCAAGUCCAGAGGGCUCUGGGACUGAGGAUAAUUUACAGUAA